AUGUCGGAGUUUACGGUGACUCUUCCCAUCUGCGCAAGUGAUACCGUUAGAAGUGUGAAGGCCAAGAUUGAAGAGUUGGAGAAUGUCAAAUCAGCAAGCCAACGUCUUGUAUUCAAUGGCGAGGAGCUGGUCGAUGACAGGGAGUUGUCUGAGUACGGAAUCCGGAACGGCGAUACUAUUCAGCUCAACAUGCUGGAUUUUCAGCUUACUAUGGUUUGUGAUCGAUCGGUUGACGCUAUCCUAGAUGUCAACCCUGGUGAUUUGGUCGUGUCCGUGAAACAGAAGAUGGAGGCUGGGCUAGGUGUGCCUGUUGAUCAACAGCGACUGUUGUCCCUCAACGGCAUGGAGUUCAAGGACGACAGAACCCUAUUCAGUUGCAACAUUCACAAUCAGCAGAAAAUAGAGAUGCGCGCCGUUCAGUGGGAAACCUUCGCAUGUGCCUGCUGA